GAGCCCGUCGUCCAUCCUCCGUCUGAACUUUUCCUCCACAGCGUUGAGUAAUCUGACACCAGCGCUGAGCCCGGAGAACAGACAGGAUGGAUUCCCCGCUCCAGUCGCAGACAUAGCGAAGCGAGAGUGAGACGAGAAACAGGAGAGAAAGAGACAGAAAGAAAGAGUGGUAGGGGAAGAGAAAGAGUGAAAGGAAGGGAGAAGAAGAAAGGGGACAAGAAAGAAAAAGAGACAGCAAGAUUGAGAGAAAGCAAAAAGCGGGAAAGAAAGUGUUGAGAGCUUAGUUUUGCCUGCUAGCCUUUUCUCGUUCAGCUGGACUGUUGGAAAUGCUUGUGUAAAUGCUGGGCUGUAGCUCGUCCCCGCGCGCUGCUGAUGGCUGAGAGCCGCUGUGGACGCUUCCAUGUGGUGAGAGGAUGAAGAGCCUGGGCAGCUGCUGCAGCUCCAGAGCGGCCGCGGAGCCCCUCGAGGCGUGCCGGGAGCGCAGGGCCGGUAGAGGGGCAGUGUGGGCGGCGUGGCCGCGCGGUGCCCCGCGGGACCUGGCGUUCUGCAUGGCCGCGCUGCUGCUCUUCUGCCUUGGCUCCCUCUUCAUCCAGCUCAACGGAGGACCCCCUAAAGUCCUGCUGGAGCUCCGCAACUAUCUCGGAGAGUCUACGUACAUGGAUGACCACGGACCCCCUGUUCCAAAGGUGCUGCCAUUCCCCAGUCAGGUGAUCUACAAUCGAGUUGGAAAGUGUGGCAGUCGUACUGUGGUGCUGCUCCUUAGGAUCCUGGCUGAGAAACACCAGUUUAACCUGGUCUCCUCUGACAUCCACAACAAAACCAGACUCACAAAGCAUGAGCAGGUGGAUUUGAUGAGGAACAUCAGCACCAUACCACAGCCCUUCCUCUACACCAGACAUGUCCAUUUCCUCAACUUCACAAGGUUUAGGAUAGAGCAGCCUGUAUACAUAAACAUCAUCAGGGAUCCUAUUAACCGUUUCCUCUCCAACUACUUUUUUCGUCGAUUUGGAGACUGGAGGGGUGAACAGAACCACUUGAUCCGGACGCCUCGCAUGAAAGACGACGAGAGAUACCUGGACAUUAAUGUGUGUAUUCUGGAAAACUACCCAGAGUGUUCAAAUCCACGGAUUUUCUACAUAGUGCCAUAUUUCUGUGGUCAGCAUCCUCAGUGCAGGGAGCCAGGUGUGUGGGCAUUGGAGAGAGCCAAACAGAACGUUCUGGAGAACUUCCUCCUGGUGGGGAUUCUGGAAGAGCUGGAAGAUGUGCUGCUCCUGCUGGAGAGACUGCUACCUCACUACUUCAGCGAUGUGCUGUCCAUCUACAAGAGCCCAGCUUUCUGGAAGGUGGGGAACCUGACAGGCACAGUGAAGAAGCACACGCCCACCCUGGAGGCCCUGCAAGUGCUAUACCGCCGCAUGAAGUAUGAGUAUGACUUCUACAAUUUUGUACGGGACCAGUUUCACCUCAUAAAGAGGAAGAUUGGCCUCAAGUCGAGUCACCCAAGCUUGUCCCAUGAGCCCACCUUUCUGCGGGAGCUCUCCCUCCGGACCCCGGACCCGUUGGAGGACGAAGACGAAGAGGAGGAAGAGGCACUUGACGAUGCCAAUAACUGGUUGGUCCAGCCUUGAACACUGCUCUGGACGUUUGGGCAUCUUGCAGACUUCAGGCAGGGUCGAGACAAGGAGUUAGCAUUCCCAAGAGCACUUUGGGUGUGUGUGUGUGUAUAUGUGAUCACGUGAUACCCGUGUUUUCGAUGGGAUGGCCCAGCAGAACAGUCCGCUCUUCCUACUGCGUGGAUGGGCCUGAAUAAAUCUAUUUAAAGAGACAGAUGAAAAAUGUCAAAUGAUUUUAUCUUUGUUGAUGUUUAUGCAAACAUUUUGUUUUUAAAGAAAGAAGUCUGUCCCA